GUGCCGCGUGUCCCCGUGUCCCCGCGCCGCGGUCCCCGCCUGUCCCGGCGAUGCGGCCGCCGCACCCCUCGAUGCUGCCGCUGCUGCUGCCGCUGCUGCUGCCGCUGCUGCCGCCCGGGGCUCCGGCCGCGCCGCCCGCCCUCACCGACGCCGAGAUCGAAGCCUUCCUGCGGGGCUUCCUCGGCACCGGCGACGGCAGCGAAGCGGACACCGACCUGGGCUUCGGCACCGGCACCGACCCGGGCUUUGGCAUCGACCCGCGGUUUGGCACCGGCACCGGCCCGGGCACCGGCACCGACCCCGGGUCCCCGGAGCGGGUGAAGGAGCCCCAAAAAGCCAAGAAGGGGAAGAAAGAGAAACCUCCCAAACCCACCAAGAAGCCCAAGGAGAGAGCGCGGGGCUCCAAGAAGGACAAGGACAAGGACAAGGACCGGGGUAAGGACAAGCCCCCCAAGACGCCCAAGGAGAAGCCCCCAAAAGGCUCGGAGAAGCCCCCAAAAGGCUCCAAAAAGCCCAAGGAGAAGCCCCCCAAGGAGAAGCCCCCCAAGAAACCCUCUGGCAAGAAGCCACUAGAGCCCCCAACCACCCCCCCGGAGUCCCCCACCAUCCCACUGUCACCGUGGGGUGAGGAAGAGGAUGUGGGGACACCCCACUUCCCAGAGCGGCCAUCGCCCUAUGAGGAGGAGGAAGAUGGAGGUGGGCAAGGGGACCUGGAGGAGCCGAGCAAGCCCUGGGAGGACUGGCACCCCAAGCCCCAGCCUGAGGUCCCAGAACCACCAACACUGGACUACAACGAGCAGCUGGAGCGGGAGGACUACGAGGACUUUGAGUACAUCCGGCAGCAGCAGAAACCCCGCAAGCCCCCAAGCAGGAAGAAACCUGACAGGGUUUGGCCCCAGCCCGAGGAACCAUUGCUGCCAGAGGUGUCCCUGCCACAGCCUGUCCCAUCACCUGUCCUGGUGACUGAAGGGGACUACGAGGAGCCCUUCGAGCACCCCAACUACGAUGAUCUGGAAUACGGGCUGCCCCCCCCGCCGAAGCCCAGGAAGCACCCAGACAAAGGGGACGAGAUGGAGACAGACGAGGAGAAACUCAAACCCUGGAAGCCCAAGAAAGGUGGCAGCAGCAAAGAGGAAGAGGAGGACCCUUGGGCCGAGGAGAAGACCCGGGACCGCAAAGGGAAACCCAAAAAAACAGGAGGGAAGAAGUGGGAUCCAGAUGAGGACGAGUGGGCCCCUCCAGAGGAGAAGACAAGAUGUCCCCCCAUCGGCCUGGAGUCCCACCGCAUCGAGGAUGAUCAGAUCCUGGCCUCCUCCAUGCUGCGCCAUGGGCUGGGUGCCCAGCGCGGGCGCCUCAACAUGCAGGCAGGCACCAACGAGGACGAUUUCUUCGACGGGGCUUGGUGCGCCGAGGAUGACAGCCGAGCACACUGGAUAGAGGUGGACACGCGCCGGACCACCAAGUUCACUGGUGUCAUCACCCAGGGCCGGGACUCCCAGAUCCACGAGGACUUUGUCACCAGCUUCUACGUGGGCUUCAGCAACGACAGCCAGAACUGGGUGAUGUACAGCAACGGCUAUGAGGAAAUGAAGUUUUACGGCAAUGUGGACAAGGACACGCCGGUGUUGACAGAGUUCCCUGAGCCAAUGGCAGCCCGUUACAUCCGCAUCUAUCCCCAGACGUGGAACGGCAGCCUCUGCAUGCGCCUCGAGGUGCUGGGCUGCCCCCUCUCCACCGUCAGCAGCUACUACGCCCAGCAGAAUGAGGUGACUUCCACCGACAACCUGGACUUCCGCCAUCACUCCUACAAGGACAUGAGGCAGCUGAUGAAGGUGGUGAACGAGGAGUGUCCCACCAUCACACGCAUCUACAACAUUGGCAAGAGCUCACGGGGGCUGAAGAUCUACGCCAUGGAGAUCUCAGACAACCCGGGCGAGCAUGAGACGGGUGAGCCCGAGUUCCGGUACACGGCGGGGCUGCAUGGCAACGAGGUGCUGGGCCGGGAGCUGCUUCUCCUGCUGAUGCAGUUCCUGUGCAAGGAGUACCAGGAUGGGAACCCCCGCGUGCGGAGCCUGGUGACCGAGACCCGCAUCCACCUUGUGCCUUCCCUCAACCCUGAUGGCUAUGAGCUGGCCCGUGAGGCGGGAUCCGAGCUGGGCAACUGGGCUCUGGGCCACUGGACAGAGGAGGGCUACGACCUCUUUGAGAACUUCCCUGACUUGGCAUCAGCACUGUGGGCAGCUGAGGAAAGGAAGCUAGUGCCCCAGAAGUUCCCCAACCACCACAUCCCUGUCCCGGAGCACUACUUAGCUGAGGAUGCCACGGUGGCGGUGGAGACACGAGCUAUCAUGGCAUGGAUGGACAAGAACCCCUUCGUGCUUGGAGCCAACCUACAGGGUGGGGAGAAGCUGGUGUCCUACCCCUUUGACACAGCCCGGCCCAUCAGUGAGACACCGUCAGCCGCUCCUCGCCCACCAGACGACUAUGAAGACGACAACCCCGAGUUGCAGGAGACACCCGACCAUGCCAUCUUCCGCUGGCUCGCCAUCUCCUACGCCUCAGCCCACCUCACCAUGACCGAGACCUUCCGCGGGGGCUGCCACACACAGGACAUGACCAAUGCCAUGGGCAUCGUGCAGGGGGCCAAGUGGCACCCCCGGGCUGGCAGCAUGAAUGACUUCAGCUACCUGCAUACCAACUGCCUAGAGCUCUCCAUCUACCUGGGCUGCGACAAGUUCCCCCACGAGAGUGAGCUCCAGCAGGAGUGGGAGAACAACAAGGAGUCACUGCUGACCUUCAUGGAACAGGUCCAUCGGGGUAUCAAGGGCAUGGUGACAGACCAGCAGGGAGACCCCAUCGCCAAUGCCACUAUUGUUGUGGGGGGCAUCAACCACAACAUCCAGACAGCCAGCGGCGGGGACUAUUGGCGCAUCCUGAACCCGGGCGAGUACCGUGUCUCGGCUCGGGCUGAGGGCUACAACCCCAGCGUCAAGACCUGCAAUGUCUUCUACGACAUCGGAGCCACCCAAUGCAACUUUGUCCUCUCACGUUCCAACUGGAAACGCAUCCGGGAGAUCAUGGCUAUGAACGGGAACCGGCCCAUCCGCCGCAUCAUACCUGGCCGCCCCAUGACACCCCGCGAACGCAUGCGCCUGCGUAUGCGCCUCCGGCAUCGCAUGCGGCUCAGGCAGCAGAUGAGGCUGCGGCGUCUCAACGCCACCACGGUUGCCAGUGGCCCCAUGGCGCCACUGACCACCACAGCCUUGCCAUUCCCCUUCAGCAGCACUGCCUACGCACCCUGGAGCCAAGAGCCACCCACAGCCGGCACCUGGGAGAUGGAGACCGAAACUGAGGUGGUGACUGAGCUGGUGACAGAGACGGAGGCCUGGGAGCUAGGGACAGGGACUGCACAGCCCUUCACCACAGCCGAGACCUACACCGUGAACUUUGGGGACUAAAAAAUGCAUGUCUCUUCGCUUCUGCCUUGAGCCAGGGCUGGAUGCUUGUGGCCAGUUUGGUUUUGCCUGCCACAGGCUCCGGCAUCCGCUUCCAAAGUCUUCCUCGAGCCACAAGCAGCCCGCUCCGGGUGGGCUCCAGCUCCUCACCCAUGCUGCUUCCUAGGACUGCAGGGCACGUCAUGCCAAUGCUCGCCCCGAAGGCCAAGUGGCUGCUGGGCUCUGGAGACAGGCAGGAAAGGUCUGGGCAGUGCCAGCACUUGCCUGGCAAGGGAGGGGGCAAAGCAGGACCCAGUCCUCACCUCAUCCCCGUCUCCCGGCACACCAGGGUUGGCAGGGGUGGUCCUGCUCUCCAGGGCAGGGCCCACAUGGAGGCAGACGCAGCCCCUGUCAUCUCCACACAAGUU